AUGUAUGGGAUAAUAUUUGACAUGAUUAACAAAAGUGGUUUUGCUUGGAAUGAUUCUUUGAAAUGCAUUGAGGUUGGCAGUGAUGAAGCAUGGAACACUUAUGUGCAGAUUAGUACAUAUGUUAACAUAACAAGGAUGCUGAUGGUUGGAUGGGGGAAACAAUUUCUAAUAUAUGAUAGGUUGACGAAUAUACUUGGGAAGGACCGAGCAAUUGGUUGA